CAUAACAAAUUGAUGAUGGGCGCUGGAUCGCAAACAAAGUUAAUCCGUAUUCUCGCGUCGUGUUCGGCACCAAUCGCCACCCUUGUAUAAAAUGUGAUAACUCCUCCUACGAGUUGUGUGAUUCGCAACUGCCGUUAUUUUUAAUUUAACUUAAACACGUAAUUAGACUUAUUCGGAGAGUCAGCAUCGCAAUUGAAAUAAAGAAGGGAGCUGCAAUCACGGCGGAAAAGAUGAAUGAUCAAGUCAAAGGAAGCAAGUUCUUCGUUAAGUAUGGGUCGUCGAGCCUUCACAAACCCAUACAAGGUCGAAAGCGAAAGCGAGCGGGCUAGGAAUCGGCGCCGUCGACAACAGCAGAAACACCGAAGCCUGGUUCGUCAGGAGUGCCCUGCUUACCCUGGUUUUCGCGUGAUCAACUCUUCCCAUGGUCAGGUGCCACCUGAGGACGGGUCGCGUAACGGUCUGAUGCAUACUGGCACUGCAAUUACUUUGCCAGCGCGCCAGACAGUACCUUCCGCUCCCGCCUUGGCUAUAAACGUGCGUGCAGAAGCUAGGCCUUCAGUAUGGGUUGAUGAACAUCCGCCGUCUUAUCCAACGGCCUCUGAUAGCACCGAUGGUCAGGCAGUUCCUUCACUCACGGGCCAGCCGAAAGAAACGAGGCAUGAUGCAGGACAGUUCGCAGCAUACUCCAUCGCUAGGGCCCCAGGCCCUCCAGCGUCAAUAUAUCGUGUCGAGACAGAUCCACAGAUGCACCCGGAGUGCUCACGCGCCGGCUCUUCACAAUAUGCCUCUGGGCUCAUUGCCUCCGAUGUCGAUGGAAACCGCAAUGAGACGCUCGAUAGCUUCAUUGAGACCCUCCGGCAUCAAGACAACGAGUUAAGGUCUGAUUUUUUCGACUCGCAUGAGACUGCGUACGACCAGGCUUUCCGAAUUUUCUUCCAUUCUAAGUGUAAAUGUACUGAAAAUGAUUUCGAGGUCAAUGAGCCAGAACAUACUUGUUCUCUCCGAGAGAGCGUACAGUACCUACAAAGCUGCCUUCCUCCUCUACCGACGCCUGACCAGCCGCUUUCGUUUCGCAAAUCGCAGAUGCAACUUCUCCCCGAGAACGAACCAGACAUUUGGCUUGGGGCUACAGGUCUGCAAGCAAUUCGACCUCCCAACAACUUCCGCCUAUCUUUUCUACCCUCUCUCGCCCUAAACCUGUCAUGCGACCAGGUGAUUCAACCUCAUGGACUGGACCUGGCCAAAACAAGGCAUAUCAAGUUUGGUGCUUUUAACACACAUAGUGUACAUUUUUCGGUCUUUCUCUUUUUCCCUUGUGCGGCCCCUGAUCCAACCUCAGCCACUCGGAAUGCUCUGUCCCUUGAGCGUCAAAAAGAUCUUUAUGAUCACAUCAUCAUCCCGGCAGCUUGUGAGGCCAUAUCCGAUCCUUGCCGCCAGGAAAUACCACGAACGUACGACAUAGCGUAUGCGAAGUCUCGUUCGUUCCAAGAAAAACCAGGAAAUAAUCGAUGGAGGCCUGAUGAUGUCAACAGGGCAGUCCAUCUGCAAUAUACGAUCCCAGCGGAAGACCUUCCUCUUUUAUGGACUCUGGUAGUCAGCAAAGCAGACGAAUUCCAGCUCACAACCAAGAGCGGAGAAACUGUGCCAUACUUCAAGGCAACACUCAACGCAUCCUUAGACGAUUUCGAGAGCUCAGUCCUUCAGGCUCUUGAUCCUGCACACCUGGACAUUCACUCCUGUUGGAUCGAUAUUGGAGCCCGCGAUUAUGUUGCGAGUGAUCCACCCCAUAGUACUGCCAGGCGGGGACCUUUCACUGUUCUAUGGAAGAGUCAAUGCCAUUCUUAUCUGCAUGAGCAAAUUUCCAGAAUCGCACCCGAGUCUCGUUCGGAUGCUGUAAAAUUCCAGAAGUUCUUACUGCGUGAUAUCGGGGACUAUCAAGUUAAGGCGAAGCGUACUCGAGCCACCAACCCAGGCCAUCCCCACGAGCGCAGGCCAGGGGUCAUUCGCGCCAAGGCCUAUAGUUGCCAUAAAGAGCUGUUUUCUGUCAUGUUCAGUGAUUAUGAAAUAUUCGGGUCAGGUUUUCUUCCACUCCUCGCUUUGAGUGAGGGUAUGUUGAGCGAUCUUUCCGCGAACAAUCGAGGCCGGCGGCAAGCCUCGAAUACUACGCAAAUUCGUCGCGGUGCUCUUUUAAAAGCCUGGGAGGCUAACAAAUGGCACUUAAGAGCUACUUCGAAUUCGACAGCCCUUGGAAAUUACGGUGUUCGAAAGGAAAUGACUUUUCGACUCGAUGUGAUUCUUAGAAUGUGGCAUCGAGGCUAUUUCGAGCCGAACAGAAGCCCCCAUGUUGGCAAUCGGUCUUUCAAGGUGUUAGAUGCGUCAAGCGAUGGAGAACACGAUCCAUUCUGGGUAGUCUCCACCAGAGACAUGAAUGAUUAUGUGUUCACCCAGGCUGCAAGAUUUAUCCUCCCUCUCGAUCACUUGUUUCAGGAGGCGUCUCUUCGUACUACUAUCUCGCCCCCUGCCUUGAUUCUCGCUUUCUAUACUGCUCAGCUCUUCUGUCGACUUCUCACUUAUGCACUCGCAAGUAAAGAACGUUUCUCAUAUGACAAUUGGAUUUGGCUGCCGCAGUGGACGGUUCAGACUCGUCGAAAACCCAAUAUCCGACUUUUGCUAGAGCGACGGGGCCUUGGACUUGACAUGGCUAUCGAGGACUCUGGAAUGCUGUGGAUUCCUCCCUCGAAGGUUCUCGUCCAGCUUUAUAUCCCUCGAAAUCCUUUCCAGCGCGGCCUCGUAUCUCAAAUAAGUAUCCAGCGUUUUACUGUGUCCAAAGUCGCGAUCAAAGUAUGCCUCCGACAGUUACUUGAGCACGCCCGUUCCGAAUUCGAACAUGGGCGUCGUCACACAGCAGAAGAGUUAGUAGAAAGAGUCCUUCGUCUAGCUACUGAAGAAGUUGCUCGGGCUUACCACCAGCAUAUGCUUUCCAAACUAAAGCUGAAAUGGGAGGACAUGCGUAAAGAAUUCGGGCAACAGGAGUCGGCCCGACAAACAGGCUGUCUCGUUACGGCACAGACAAUAUGGGAGAUUUACGAUGAAGCUUGGACUACUUACGUCCGAACACGCGCCAAUUCUGAAGUAGACGAUAAGCCAGAAGACGUCCCCUUAUGGAUGGGAACGCGGAAGUAUCUACCCCCGGACGACAGCUGGUCGAAUUCUGUGUUCAAUCGUCUUUUCAAACGCCCGAAAACCUCAUUCUGGUACGGCCUCUACUUCCUUGAACUCUAUCACCGAGUCAAGCGAUUAUGGGGCAUGAUUGAGGACCACGCGGGCUUAUUUGAUGAACAGUUCAGCCGCAUCAUUGGCUAUUACAUCAUGGUUACUUUCAAUAGUGAUGCAACCAAAGAUGUUGCUUUUUGGGCUCCUUAUUUCUCGCCGCCUGAAUGCACCGCUCCUAUGUCACGGGCCUUAACCGAUUGUUAUCGACACCAGAACCCCUACACCCCCCGACCGCGAUAUCAAAACCAAUCGACGCCAUGCCACAAUAACCAAUUAUGCCAGGCUAGAUUAAAAGAAAGGAACGGAGUCUGUAAAGAGGUCAUUGACUGCUUGAUGGCUCUUGUUGGACUUAAAUGGAGCCACAAGGAUAAUUGGGUACACGUAGAACCUUGGAGGUUUUAUGAGUCAUCGAUGGGAGACGGACAGCGUGGAGACCCGUUCUGCCUUCCAAUUUCUGCCAUAUCGACUCGAUCGCCGAUCAGCCCUAAUCAACCCACGAUUCUGUUGCCUUCUCGUCAUAAUGUCAUGGCCCUAAUUAACGCCAUUGAAACUGUACCUAGACUUGACCAAACAAUUCUUCAGCAAGCAAUAUGGAUCCGCGAAAUGCUUCGCAACGAUGGCCAGCAAUAUGAUAUCCGCAGUCAUUUCGAAACAAGACAAAGAGAGAUGGAUGACGUGAUCCAGCCUAAUUCCAUACUCCGGCAAUUCUUAGCUCGAACAGAGCCCCCCCAUAGAGAGAUUCAGGUGCCCGAUAACUUUGACCGGAUUUAAAAGCUUAAAAGAACGGCGAGGGGGUUGGUUGUUCGAC